AUGAACUUAGCUCAUUUAGCCAUUAAGGUAGUGCUGGUAGUGUUAAGUGCUAGAAUGACACUCGCGACUAAUUUGGCAGGGCCAUCCGAUGGUAUGGGCUUAGAUUCUUAUGGCAAUUUAGAACCAAAAGGAAUUAUCAACCAGUUUAUGUGUAGACUAUUUGUCAAUUCUGUCGGCCUAGGGCAUGGUGAGCAGACUCUAAACUAUGACAUUAUUCCUGACAACAGCCCGGCUCGCACCGGCACCUAUAGAAUCCAAAUCUUAAGCCUUCGCGUCUACUUAAUUCUUCCAAAAGUAGAUUCCAUAGAUUAUUAUACAUAUACCCAGAUGGUCAAGUCAAUAAUUAGCUCAAUUGAAGUGUGUCAGCUAGUGAUUCCUCGGAUUGCGGUUAGUUGGCCCAAAGAAUCCUUUAUGGCGGCAUUUACUAUAUUAAACACGGUUAAAGCCACCAUGAUUCAUAUACAAGAGCGAAUACCAAAAAGGCAGAGCCUGUCCACUCGCCCCUUUAACAACAUGUAUGAGGAGAUAACCGAGCUGCGCACUAAAUUUCGCUGGGACCCCCCUCGAGUUGAUCGACUCAUUCUUUCUGCCAAAACAUUCAUUCUUAUCAAAAUGCUUGAUCACCUCUAUGAUCACAUGACACUUAAGAGCUUUAAGAUUGUUAUUUAUUACCACCAUUUGGGGGCCAGGCACGACAAUGAGGCAAUCACGAUUCACAAACACCCGUACCAUCUUAUUUUUCCCCAAUCAUACUACCGCCGCAACUCCCCCGAUAUUCCUCUCAUUCUAAUGCCCGGUGUUUUAGCUCUCGGCCUAGAUGUCUACAAAGAACAAGUCGCGCCUAACACUUUUCAUUGUCAACUAUUUGCCAUUGAUAUCGAUGCCGAUUGCUUAGCUAUUUUUAAGAUAGGCACUAAUUCAACCGACCAGCAAAUUAGUCCCAUUUUCGGUCUGCUUAAGUCCGUUUGUCUUAUACUAAUCCAAAUUGGACCCACUACAGUGAGACUCAAAUUCCCCGACAGCAACAUUCAGAACGUAGAAUGCCCGCCCCUAUCAACAGUUGCCAAUUUUCUAAACUGUAUCUACAUCCCCGGCACUACUUUUGCUCUGUUCAAAUUCCAACCUGCCCAAAAUACAAGUACCAGCCUCAACAGCGACCCUACCAUUACAACCAUCUUUCCUAGUAUUUGGCUAGAGUGCUGCCAAUCAGACGCUCUUAUAUACAUUGUCAAUAACCUAGCACCUAGCACGUUCCUAAACGUUUACCUAACUCCUUCCUCUUAUCCCCAGCAACUCAGCGACCUUCUAACCACCCUUAAACCCACAUCUCCCCCACGGGUAUUCAUUCAACUCAACAUCCUCAAGUACAUUCUCAGCCAACUCAACACUAAUAAUCUCAGCAGCCAGUCCCAAGCUCUUAACAACUACUACCCCUACCUAAUCAACCAUACUCCAUCCAUCCAAAACGAAUCGUGCUAUAAUAUCAUCGAUCUGUGCAACAUACUUGUCUCUCUCUAUUACAAAUCACGGUCCGAUAAAAGUUACAUCUACCACCAACUACUUCUCCAUUUGGAGAAUCCCCCCAACACCCAAGUAUCUUUUCUAAUCUGCCCCUUCGUCCACACCUUCGCCAACCAUCCCAAAGGCCUUCUUGUUUCCCAAGUCCUUUUCGGCCAGCAAACACUAAACACCCGAUACAUAGACUUACGAGUUGAACAUUACUACCACGGCGCCUCCGCCGUCAUAAUCAAUCACAUCCAAGAACUCCUAACCCAUUCAGAAUACUUCCUACCCAAUGAACAGCUUCUCACCAGUUUAAGAAGUGUCUACCUCUACUUCCAGCACGUACCCUACCAAUCAAAUGCACUCGCUCUCUUAUUUACCUUCAUUGACUUUGUCUGCCGAUUCAACUACCCCAACCUCACCAUCUACAUAUUCUACCGCUACUUAUACCCUGAACUAACCCAAUCUAUCAUUGAGCACAUCGCAAAGAAAUACAACCGAACCACACCAACCCACAACUCCAAACUCGUUUUCUACCUCAACCUCGCCCAAACUCAAGUCAAAGUCCCAAGCACUAACUACCACGUUCUUACAUAUGAUGAUUUCAACCACUUCCCCAAGGGUAUUUUCUAUAAACUCAACUGCCACAACUUCCUCCUGUUCGUCGCCACCCCUCCAGCCUAUACAACUACUACCACUACCACUACCCCCCAACCCAAUUGCUUCAACUAUCCACCACCUCCCAUUCAACCUAAUAAUCAUCUACCAACUCCCAACUACUCAACUCGCCCACCUGCUCCCAAUCACUCAACUCGCCCACCUGCUCCCAAUCGCCCACUGGCCCUCAUUCAACCUAAUAAUUUCUUACCAACUCCCAAUCGUCCACCACCUCCCAAUUACCCACCACCUCCCAUUCAACCUAAUAAUCUUUUACCAACUCCCAAUCGUCCACCUGCUCCCAACUACUUCAAUCCUCCACUAAACACCCCUCCUCCUAAACACCCAUCAACCCCCACUCGACCCAAUACUAAUCACCCACCCAACCACACUUACCCCAAUACAUCCCCAGCACAGCCUAACCCACCUCAAUAA